AUGUCAAAGGGAACUCCAAGCAUGGGAAAGAGAACCAAGAGAAACCAUCUUCUGUGUCCAAGGUGUGGGCACAUGGCGUACCACAAACAGAGGGCAGAAUGUGCAUCCUGUGCGUAUCCAGAGGCCAAGAAGCGAACCAGGAGGUCUGAGAAGGCAAAGAGAAGGGAGCAUGGAAAGAAGAAGUACAUCAAGAAGGUGAUACAGAAGAGUAAGACUGGAUUUAGGCAGCAUCCACUGAUUAUGAAGAUGCAAGGAAGAGAAUAA